AUGGAGACCCUCACAGCCGUGAUGAAGAGCGUGGAUGCGUCUGUUGAGACCACAGUGUUCGACUAUGAGGAUUCAGUGCCAUGUGAAAAAGUCAACAUCAGGGAGCUGGGAGCCCAGUUCUUGCCUCCGCUGUACUGCCUGGUGUUCGUGGUUGGUCUGCUGGGCAAUGUGGUGGUGGUGGUCAUCCUCACAAAAUAUAAGAGGCUCUGGAUUAUGACCAACAUCUUCCUGCUCAAUUUGGCCAUUUCUGACUUGCUCUUUCUAAUCUCUCUGGUAUUCUGGAUUCACUAUGCUAUGUGGAAUGAGUGGGUUUUUGGUUCCUUCAUGUGUAAAUUCCUCUCUGGGCUUUAUUACAUGGGCUUAUAUGGUGAGAUCUUUUUCAUCAUCCUGCUGACCAUAGACCGGUACCUGGCCAUCGUCCACGCCGUGUUUGCCUUACGAGCCCGGACUGUCACUUUCGGUGUUGUCAUGAGUGUUCUAACCUGGGUCCUGGCAGGGCUAGCAACCGUCCCUGAAUUUAUCUUCCAUGAGUCCCAAAAGGAGGACUCCCAACAUGUCUGCUUGCCUCUCUACCCAAAAAACCAAGAACAUAAAUGGAAGCGUUUCCAUGCCCUGAGAAUGAAUAUCUUGGGUCUUGCUCUGCCUGUGCUCAUCAUGGUUGUCUGCUACUCUGGAAUCAUUAAAACACUGCUGAGAUGCCCCAGUAGGAAAAAGUACAAGGCCAUCCGGCUCAUUUUUGUCAUCAUGGUGGUCUUUUUCGUUUUCUGGACACCCUACAACCUGGUCCUCCUCCUCUCUGCUUUUCAAACAGUCUUCUUUGAGAUGAACUGUGAGCAGAGCAAGCAGCUGGACGUGGCCAUGCAGGUGACGGAGGUGAUCGCCUACACGCACUGCUGCGUCAACCCCGUCAUCUAUGCCUUCGUCGGGGAGAGGUUCCAGAAGCAUCUCUGCCACUUCUUCCGCAGGCACGUGGUCACCUACCUGGGAAAAUACAUCCCGUUCCUUCCCAGCGAGAAGUCAGACAGAGCCAGCUUCUCUGUAUCCCCAUCAACAGGGGAGCAGGAAUAAUAAUUUGUAUUUUAAGACAGAUGUGGAAAAUGACCUAAUGUGCUGGACCCAAGGAGCAGAAGCAUUAUGUCGACCACAUUGACCUCAACGCCGGCCCUUAAACUUCCAGCUCAAUGCUGAAACUCUUAAAGACAUUAAAAUAUAUACACAAUGGGGUCAGUAUAUAGGCG